AUAAGAAACUUUAAACGACUGUUGUCGUUGUGUGAAGUUAAAGAGUUGGUUGACAUUUUGUUUAAAUAAUGGCAGCCGGCCCAAUUGCCGAAAGAAAUCAAGAUGCGACAAUAUAUGUUGGUGGCUUGGACGACAAAGUCUCAGAGUCUCUUAUGUGGGAACUUUUCGUUCAGGCCGGUCCUGUCGUCAAUGUACACAUGCCAAAGGACAGAGUAACACAAAUGCAUCAAGGCUAUGGCUUUGUUGAAUUCAUGGGCGAAGAAGACGCCGAUUAUGCCAUUAAAAUAAUGAACAUGAUUAAAUUAUACGGAAAACCCAUUAGAGUAAAUAAGGCAUCGGCUCAUCAGAAGAAUCUCGAUGUGGGAGCCAAUAUAUUCAUUGGAAAUCUAGAUCCUGAAGUUGACGAGAAAUUACUUUACGACACAUUCAGUGCUUUUGGUGUUAUACUUCAAACACCAAAGAUUAUGAGAGAUCCAGAAACAGGAAACUCGAAAGGAUUUGCUUUCAUCAAUUUUGCGUCCUUCGACGCCUCUGAUGCGUCUAUUGAAGCAAUGAAUGGCCAGUAUCUAUGUAAUCGGCCAAUUUCCGUUUCCUAUGCAUUUAAACGAGAUGCGAAAGGUGAAAGACAUGGAAGUGCCGCCGAGAGAUUAUUAGCAGCACAAAAUCCAUUAAGUCAAGCUGAUAGACCUCAUCAAUUGUUUGCCGAUGCACCACCACUGGCACCACCGCCAAUGCCAGUUCAUCAUCAUCAUCAUCAUCACCAGGUACCACCGGCUCAUCCACAACAUCAUAUGAUGCAUCAUCAUCACCAUCAUCAUCAUGGUAUGGUGGUACCACCGCCGCCACCUCCAAGUACUCCCAUUCCACCAAUGGGACAUCCACCACCACCUCCAGUUCCUCCACCUCCAUCGUCCAAUUUCCCAUCUGCAAUUCCACCACCGCCUCUGCCACCCAUGAAUAUGUCUCAUCCACCAUUACCACCUGGUAUGCCACCUCCAUUGCCUCCAAUGCCAAUUCCGGGAGGACAAAAUCAAAAUGCUCCGCGAAUGAUGCCACCGCCGCCCCCAUGGAAUAUGGGCGCUCCUCAAGGACAAUUUCCCCAAUUUCAACCACCACCACCGAGGCCACCACCUGGAUGGAGACCACCUCCACCACCUGUAUCGCAAAAUGCUCCACCACCACCUCCUACUUUCAGACCUCCUUUCCCACCAAGAGGCCCUCCACCUCCUCCACCACCACAUGACGGAACACUAUUCUAGUGUCAUUUGUACAAAAAAAAAAAAAAUUGUCAAUCGUCUAUGUAAGUUUUUCGAUUUUCUAUAAUAAUUAUAACUAAUUUCUUCGA